GCGGGACCCGAAUUUGGGGCGGUGGCAGUGCGCUGGCGCCCCGUGGCUCAUUCGCUCUUCCCGCAGGCCGGUUCAGUGUUACGCUGCUCUUUGCGGCGGAGUUGGGGUCCAGAGCGUAGCCGGGGCGGGGCUGAGAUUGAGUCGGGCGGACAGCUGCAGGAUGUUCAGCUGGAUGGGGCGGCAAGCAGGCGGACGGGAUCGGCCCGGCGGGGCGGAUGCGGUGCAGACGGUGACGGGCGGCCUGCGCUCGCUCUACCUGCGCAAGGUGCUGCCACUGGAGGAGGCAUACCGCUUCCACGAAUUCCACUCACCGGCUCUGGAAGACGCUGACUUCGACAACAAGCCCAUGGUGCUGCUGGUGGGCCAGUACAGCACGGGCAAGACCACCUUCAUCCGGUACUUACUGGAACAAGAUUUUCCGGGUAUGAGGAUUGGUCCAGAGCCCACAACAGAUUCUUUUAUUGCUGUGAUGUAUGGAGAAACUGAGGGCAGCACCCCUGGAAAUGCUUUAGUUGUGGAUCCCAAAAAACCAUUUCGAAAACUUAGUCGCUUUGGAAAUGCAUUCCUGAACCGGUUCAUGUGUUCCCAGUUGCCUAACCAAGUUCUGAAGAGCAUAAGCAUCAUUGACAGCCCUGGAAUUCUAUCUGGAGAGAAGCAACGUAUCAGCAGAGGUUAUGACUUCUGCCAGGUCCUACAGUGGUUUGCUGAGCGUGUUGACAGAAUCAUCCUUCUCUUCGAUGCUCACAAGCUUGAUAUCUCUGAUGAAUUCUCAGAAGCCAUCAAAGCCUUCCGGGGUCAGGAUGACAAGAUCCGUGUUGUGUUGAACAAGGCUGACCAAGUGGACACGCAGCAACUUAUGAGAGUCUAUGGUGCACUCAUGUGGUCUUUGGGGAAGGUGAUCAAUACUCCAGAAGUCCUUCGAGUCUAUAUUGGCUCCUUCUGGGCCCAGCCCCUUCAGAAUACCGACAACCGAAGGCUCUUUGAAGUGGAAGCCCAAGAUCUUUUCAGAGAUAUCCAAAGUCUUCCUCAGAAAGCAGCUGUGCGCAAACUCAAUGACCUCAUCAAGAGAGCAAGGCUGGCCAAGGUACAUGCUUACAUCAUCAGCCACCUGAAGAAGGAGAUGCCAGCAGUCUUUGGAAAGGAGAAUAAGAAGAGAGAACUUAUCAGUCGAUUACCAGAAAUCUAUCUCCAACUACAGCGAGAGUACCAGAUCUCAGCGGGUGAUUUCCCUGAGGUCAAAUUGAUGCAGGAGCAGUUGGAAAACUAUGACUUCACUAAAUUUCACUCCCUGAAGCCAAAAUUGAUUGAAGCUGUGGACAACAUGCUGACGAACAAGAUCUCCUCCUUAAUGAACCUCAUCAGCCAAGAAGAACUCAACAUGCCCACACAGAUGGUUCAUGGUGGGGCCUUUGAUGGGACCACUGAGGGGCCCUUCAACCAAGGCUACGGAGAAGGGGCCAAGGAAGGAGCCGAUGAGGAGGAAUGGGUCGUAGCCAAGGACAAGCCAGCCUAUGAUGAGCUCUUCUAUACCCUGUCACCUGUCAAUGGCAAGAUAUCUGGUGUCAAUGCCAAGAAGGAAAUGGUGACCUCCAAGUUGCCCAACAGUGUCUUGGGCAAGAUCUGGAAACUCGCAGACUGCGACAAUGAUGGCAUGUUGGACGAGGAAGAAUUUGCAUUGGCCAAACAUCUCAUCAAAAUUAAACUAGAUGGUUAUGAAUUGCCCAACAUUUUACCCCCUCACCUUGUACCCCCCUCCCAUCGGAAAUCUCUGUCAAAUCUAGAUUAAGCGACAAGAAGUAAAAUGAGGCCGUAGGGUAGAGUAGAAAGAUCUUUGGCUUGGGAAUCUGGAGAUCUGGGAUCUAGUCCUUAAUUCACCACUCACUGUGUGACUGAGCAAGUCAAUUCAUUUUGCUGGACCUCAGUUUCCUCAUCUUUAAAAUAAGGAGAGUGAACUAAAUGACCUUUUCCAUUUUCUUCCAAAUCUGGAAUUCAAAGGGUUCCAUUCUAGGUCAGGAGUUAGAAAAGGGAUAUGGGAGAAAGAAUGAGAAGGGAGUGCAAUUGUCCAAUGGGAUCCUUAGAAGCCUAGUAAAACCAUGAAUCGAAAUUGGAUUUUUUGGUAAAUUCACUUUCUACUUGAACCACCAAAAUCACCAUCUGCAGCAGAUCUUCCGCACCUGCUCAGUUCUGUUUAGCAUCAGUAAACAACUGCUAGAGCUGCUUUUACUGUUCAGAGGUCACACACAGAGAGAGGAAUUGUCUUAUUUAUUUGUCUUCUGCCAUCUUUAGGAAGAGACCAGUGAUUGGCUCCACAACUGCGAAGCUACUUCUUGAACCCUCAAAACCUAGACUUGAAAAUGAAAGGAUUUUUUUAUUCUUUGUACUCAUAUCCCUACUCCAGACUCGAGCACUCAUCUCACCCUUGCCUAGGUGCACGCAGUCCAAAACAGCCCCUAAGGUUGAUUGAGACCAUUUCUCCCUCUCCACUAAGCCUCUGUUCAGUUAGAAAACGAAAGGGAACGUUUCUCUAACCAAAAGCAAGUAUCCUAGCCUGGGAAGUAACCAACAGCCAGUUGGUUACUUCCAUGUGGAGUACUUGCAGGAUCAAUUUCAGUUUAAAAUGUAUGUGCCACCAUUUUGUGUCACUCUUGAGGCCUCAUGAUGACCAUUUCCUUGUUCACAAGUCCAGGCCUAUGUAGCAGUCUCUUUUCUUUAGAUGACCAUCAGUGGAAGAAGUUUUUCUCCAUAAGAAUAGAAUUUUAUAAUGACUUGUUCCCACUUCAUAAGCUGGUGUCAAAAGCCAACUACUGUUUUCCAAAAUUCAGCAAUUUUUAUUAAUUCCAGCCAAAAAAGAGGUGAUGAUGAAAUAAAGCCUUGUUAUAGAAACAGUUCACUAAUCACUUCCUUGUACAUAACCCCUUAAUUCAGAUGGGAUUUGUUUUUACAUUUGCAUUUAACCCCAAAUCAACUAAACCCCCCCCCCCCCCUUAAUGUUCUGUGUAGCCUUGUUCUCUCUGGGUCUUUUGUUCAAACUCUCAUGUCAAGGCUGUCGUCUGACAUGGGGCACAGCAUGGGGAAAUCACCAGUCUGGUUUUUUUUAAUUAGAUGAAGACAGCAAAGGCUGAAGUCUAUCUAGCCAAAGCCCCCACUGUCAUAACCCCAUGGCUCUUCCAGAAAAGCCAGUUGGCCAUCUGUUUGUCCUUUUCUCUGUCGUCUGAGGAACCAAGGCAAGAAAUAUUCAAUUCAGAGGCAUCACUGUUUCUCUUUGGAAAAGUUUUUCUUUGGGUUUGAACCCCCCACACUCCCUAGCUUAACUUUCAAUGGAAUUAAAUGUCUAACCAUUUCCACUAAUGAACUUCUAAAAGAUAAUUUAGGUCAGCAUUUAUAAUCCUAGUACUAAAAUCAGAGCAAAAAGUAUUUCUCCUCCACUUCUGUGUGAGCAUUAGCCCAGGUCUUGGGUCAUAGCAGUGUUGUACUUAAGAAUAAAAUGGGACAGGGAGGGAGGGGCAUUAAAUGGUUCAAAAGCUUAUCCUAAAGUGGCUGGAUUCUCUAUUUAGAUUUAUUUUUAUUUUCUACCUAUUCAAUUAUAUAUAUUAUAAACACUUGACUUUUUUCACAUUCUUGAAUAUAUAUAAACAUGCAUAUAUAAACUUUAUACACAGAGAUUGUGUGUGUGUGUGUGUGUGAGCUCAUGUGUGCUUUUGUGUAAAAAUGGCACAGCAUAGUGAACUUCACACUGGACAUGGGAUCAGAGGGAAUGUGGUUGGAAUCCUAGGACUUCUGAAAAGAGCUAACGUGUGAUGUUAGACUCAUCGUUUCUUCACCAAACCUCGGUUUCUUCAUCUGUGAAGGACAGAAGUGGAAUUAUUUUUUUCUCAAGGCCUUUUAUAGCCUUCUAUCCUACAUAUUUUAUUUAUGGGGAAAUAAUUUCAUUUGUGGUUUAUCACAAGGCUGAACAUUUUUCAUUGUAUAGAAGAAGAAUAAUUUCAUUUUCUGGAUCAUUGAUAGUUAAGUGGUAGCGCAGUGCAAGAUAUAAAUGGGGAAAAAAGCAUUUAUUAAACAUUUACAAGAGCAGCAAGGUGGUAUAAAGAUUAAAAAAUUUAAGGUUGGACUAAAUAUAUGAGUGGUCACCAAAAUUAAUAUAUCUCAAGUCAAAGUGACUUUUAUAGCAGUUUAUUUAUAAAAUAGAGGGAAAGAGCGAAAGUAGAGAAAUUAAAAAGAGGGCAGAUUAAGAAAUCUAGCUUAAUGAGCUAGACUUUUUGCUCUGGCCCUGGCUUUACUCCAGCAGGGCUCCAGAAGCCAAAGCCAGAGGGUCUAGGGCUAAAUUAAGCAAGGGCUCCAGCCACUUGGCCUCCUCCUCCAAGAUGGGGGAAGGGGCCUCUUGGAACACUAGUCCCUCCAGGAGUCAGGAAAAGAGUCAGCCUUUUCACUCACCCAUGUGGUCCUCCUAAAGGAAGAUCUAAGAGCAGUCCAAGAUCCCAAGCUGGAACUCCUCCAAGGCCAAGUUCAGAGGAGAAAGAGCUGGUCACAGGAAGUUGUAACUACUUUUAAAGACCCUUCUUUGCAUCACUUCCUGUGCCUUCCUUCUACUUUAUGUGGACCAAUCACAGUUUUAGAAUUUUCUUAGGACUGCCUAGAGGACAGUCAGUCAUUUCUGAGUUGUCACCCAGUCUAGCAUGUGGCUUGUGGACCUCUCCUCACUUAAGGAAAUGUGGGGGCAUCUAAGCUUCUGGUGAUUAAAUCUAAAAGUGGUCAGGGGAGAGUUAAUCCCAUCUUCACAGUGGAUAGAGUACCAGGUCUAGAGUCAUCUUCAUGAAUUCAAAUCUGGCCUCAGAUACUGGCUGUGUGACCCUGGACAAGUCAUUUAACCCUGUUUGCCUUAGUUUCUUCAUCUGUAAAAUGAGUUAGAGAAGGAAAUGACAAACUGUUCUAGUAUCUUUGUCAGAAAAACCUCACAUAGAAUUAUUCAGAGUCAGAUACACCUAAAAAUGACUGAAUGUGUACCAAGUACUGUGCGCAGUUCUAGGGACAAAAUACAAAUUUAAGAAAGUUUUUCAGGGUUUUUGUUUGUUUUUAUCCUUUCCUUGUAUCCCCAGCACUUAGCACAGUGUAGAGUACAUAGUAGGACUUUAUGGGUAGUUGACUGACUGACUUAAGAAGGCUUCUCUAAUGGGAAAGACAACACAUCUAAGAGAAUGGUGGCCAGAGAAAAGAAUUAGAGUCUGAGAGUCACAAAGACAAGUGAGCCUUUGCCACAAGGCACUGGACUAACAAGCCCUUUUCCAGAAGUUCUCCAAAUAAGAGAUGGAAGGGGGUGGGGAGGAAGAUGUGGGUGCAAGUAUGAAUGUGGAUGAGCACAGAGGUCAACUGCUCCAUGUUGGCUGGAAUGAAGAUGAGGCUCUGUGGGACCCAGGAUUCCAUUCGUGAAUGCAGUAUCUGCCACAAGGUAGAAGGAAAUGGAUCAUACAUGUCUGUGUGCCUUUUGGGGCACAUUCUGCAUUGCCCUUACCAACAACAAACAAACUCGUGUUUCCAUUUUUCCAGUUGACUAAGAUAAGGAAAUUGUUCUUCAGAGGUUGAUAAAAAUGAAGAACAAAACAUUUUUAGGGGGAUAGUAGGGGAAUUCAUUUCUCAUCUUAGCACCAGGGAGCCACUGGUGAUAUCCAGUCCAGAGUUCCUUGUAGCUGAUUCCAAAAGGCCAUAUAGAUAGAUUCCUUAUCCUACUGUAAGGUUGUUGGAGCAUAGCUUUGUUCCAGUUACUCAGGUUCCAGUUGAAGUAUAAAUUGGAGAGUUAAAUAAAUGGACCUGUCUCCCAGCACCUAUAAAUCUUGAAGAACUGUCACAUAGAAGAAGGAUUAGACUUAUUCUGUUUGGUCCCCAAGGGCUGAACAAGAAACUGUUGGUAGAAGCUGCCAAAAGACAAGCUUACUAUCAGGAAAGACAUUCUAAAAAUUGGAACCAUCCAGAAGCGGAACGGACUGCCUGGAGUGGUGAUAGGUUCUCCCUCAUUGGAAGCCUACAAACAGAGGCUGGAUUGCCACUUAUCCAGUAUGUUUAUGUAAUAGGGAUUCCUUUCAGGUAUGGUUGAAUUAGCUUCCAGGUUCUUUGAUUCUUUCUCAGUGCCUCUUCCUUGGUUUCACCUUCUGUUUUCUCCAAGUCCACAGCUGCCAAUGACACUCAAGGAUGUGGAGCUUUUGGAGCAUGGUAGAGACUGGUGCAUAAAGAGGGAUUCCUGAUGAGAACCUGAAACCUCUACCUACCUGAGUCCAAUGCCUACCUUAAUUGCUUAAUGGAAAUCUGUUCGUCUGUUCAUCUUUUGUUUCCCUUUGCACUGAAGUUUUUAAGAUUCUGAACUUAGAACUCUUCCCCCAAAAGAAAAAGUUCUAUCAACGUAGAACACAAAAAUAGGACUCCACAUGAAACUGUGACUCUCCAUUUCAUGCUAAUUAUCAUUUAAAGUAUAUAAUAAAUUCUCUAUUUUCAAAACUGC